AUUGGGGGUCGGGUGGGGGGGGGGGGCAGAUGGCCAUGCAAUUCAAUUUCGAGAACCCCGGCGAAGAAGAAAGUGCAACCAACGGCUGCCGCCACUCAAAGCAAUCCUGUUCCCUCACCCCUCAAAGUAUCUUUGUCUCCAAGCAAUCGGCAAUUUGCAACCAUCAACUCUUUAUUAAUUGUAAUAGCAGCAGCAACACUGCUCUCGAUCGAUGCCAACCCGAAGCCUGGUUGUUCGCCUUGGUUGUUGUGGCGAAACAUACUGGUGUUGAUAGAGCUGGGUAGCUGGUGUUCAGUGCACUAAGAUUGCAGGGUUCGCUGAAGCGGUGGAAUUCCGAUCUUUGUUUUUAUUUAGGGGAUAUUCCGAUUAAUCGCAACAAAUUUUGAGGUGACUGACUUUGACACAAGCAUGACAACUACUACAAGGAUACCAACCAUUAUCUCCUACCAGAUGUCUCUCUCCCUUGCAUCCUUCUACAAAUACCUGAAUGGUUCCCUAUUUUUCCUAUCGCUAAUAGCCACACUGCUGCCUUUGGCAUCCCCCUAUUCCAAUGUGACAUUAUCAUCGCUUGGUGGCAAUCUGGAGGUGAUGGUCUAUCUCCCUCAUGCUGUGAAACCCAGCGAGGCGACCUAUUACAUGGCCAGUCGCUUUGAUCAUGGUUCCAUGAUUGGAUCCAUUACGAGCAAGAAUGAAAAGACUGGUGCCAAGCACCUUUUGUUUGGAAGCAAGAAUUGGCGACAACCUCACAAUUCAGGAUGGCCGGAAAGUGGAAUUGGAUUAGCAUCGGAGUUUGGCGUGGGCGAUGAUGGUCCCCUCUGUCAGUAUCGUUGUGGAUGGGAUGGCGUCAACGAUGUUACCAAUGGCGUGUUGGGAUAUGAGGAUGCCAAGAAUGGAGAACCCUUUCUCAAAAUUGGAGUUGGCGCAUUGAUCAAGGGAAGCUGUCCGAGCUGCGACAGUACCGACAACUAUCGCUUCAAUAGUCCCUACGAAUUUGCCGAAUUGCCUCAGUGGAAGGUAUUCACGUCGUCCAGCUCCAUCGUCUCCAUGGAACACGAGGCUAGGGUCCGGAAUUAUGGAUAUCGAUUGCACAAGGAUAUUGUCCUCGAUGGCAAUGUACUGGCAGUCACGUCCGUCUUGACCAACUUGGGAGACACCGCAUUCUCCACGGCUUGGUAUUCCCACAACUUCUUCACAUGCGACGGAAUCCCCGUGCGAGAUGGAUACAGUCUCGACAUGGAUAUUCAAGGGGACAAAGGCAAGCUCUACGAGGAACCCGGAGUGAUCGGCUCGUGGGCUGUACCAUUGAGGACGUUUGCGAACAUUAGAGAGUUCAAAGACCAUGUCACGGUGGAUGUUGCAAGACCCUUGAAUGGUGAUACACGAAUCAAGGCAGAGUUCGUCAAGGAUGAUGCGUCCAAGGGUGCUUUUACAUUGCAUGGGUGCACAACCUCCCUACGAAGCGAGUUGCCAGAUGUCAUCAAUAACCGGAUCCCCAUGUACGCGUACAACCUCUAUCUUGAAAAGGGGACCUUCUCGCCCGAACCACAAAUAUUAUUGCACUUGCAACCUGGACAAUCGACUUCGUGGACACAGCGGCUGGUGAUCGAAAACGAGGACGAAGGUAUCAAGGGUCUCCCUCUUUUGGGCAAAUCGGUCGCAAGAACCGAUGACGGCUCUGAAAACGUGUGGAAACUUAUUGCGGCUGCCGUCAUCAUGGUAGGUGCCGUCUUGUCAUUGCAUGUGAGGCAGCGCGUAUCAGCCCGCGACAACGACAACGGUCGUCGUCGCGAAGAUUACAGCACGGUGCCGGAUGUCGCAUAAUAUAAUAUCAGGCAACUGAGGCUCGUGCCUUAAAAACCGUCCAUACUGUAAAUAAUAAAAGGCAAAACCACAUUGGAUUGCUGUUGUUUGUCUUGAUGUUUGGCCGCUAUCCCUAGUCUUCCUAGCGAUGCAAUUUCAUUAAUAUCUCAAGUUUGCAGAGA